AUGACGAUAGCAGCUCCAUGUCACUGCAGGCGACAUAUCUGUCUGGCUCGCGCCGACAACGACAGCAAGGACAGCCCACCCCACCAGGUUCCAGAUAUUGACACCCGCAACUCCCACCGCUCCGGUUGCGGCAGCAUCAGCAGCAAUGGCGGCAGCCAAGGCAGCUUCAGCGGCCGCGACGGCACCUGCCGCCUCAGCGGCCACAGCAGCAGCGAGAGCGGCCUCAGCAGCGGUAGCUGCCGCCGCUGCUCAAGCAGCGGCGGCAGCGUUGGCGGCAGCGUUGGCGGCAGCGUUGGCGGCAGCGAGAGUCGCAGCUUUUUCAGCCACGAGGGUAGCAAGAGCAGCUACUCCACCCCCGGUACCAGCGAUAGCAACCAUAGUGUGAUAGGGGUUUUUUCCGCCUAG